CACGGAGGCAGCCAAGACACAGCCCUAAUUCUGACCAGCUACUACCGUGGGCCAGAUUGCAGUGGCGAGAUAACUAACUUCUAAUUAGCCGAUUCAUCAUAACUUGAUCUGAUCUCCUCGUGGACGGGUUUGGAUUUAUUUCUCCCAACUCCUUCCAUUUCGAUAUUAAGCUGGUAAAUGUUAGUGACACAUUAGUUUGAUGGGUGGGAAUGAUGUCGAUUGCAGAGGCGCUCUUGGGAGAAGGAGCAUGCUUUCUCUGGGCACGACAGCUUGGACCCCCUCGCCGCCCCAGGAUCCAGCUGUCAGCCAAGCCUUUUCGAGCAGUCCAUGCUAUACCUGUCGGCGCCGGCGUGUAACAUGCGACCGGCUGAUUCCAACUUGUCGAAAAUGCGAUAAGGCGCAGAAGGCAUGUUUGGGGUAUAAGAAACCACUGACUUGGGUGCAUGGUGUUGCCAGCCGGGGAAAGAUGAUGGGAUUGACAUUUGACGAUAUCACGGCGAACAAGUCCUCGCAAGCUACCUCAGUGAAUGGCAUUGCUGGGCCAGAGGAGCACAAUUCUGCAGAAUCUUUCCCCUUUGGCAGUUGCUGUUUCGGUCCCGCCCACGAUGCAUCCGAGGUACUGCCGGGCAAUCCGGGAUCCUUUGAGUCAUGGCCGCUGUCGUCAGUCAGAGGCGCCAAUGGCCCGGAAGAAUGCCAGAAAGCAGACAUGGCAUUGUCAGAAUGGGAUUCGAGUGAUCAGCGCAGGAAAGACCAAAUUGAAUGCUAUUCCCAUAUCCCGCUGACCCUGAUAGAUCCUAUUUUUCAAGGCUUGGACAAAAUAUCGCGAUACUAUCUCACAUAUUUUGAUCGCAAGUUUUGUAAACUGAUGGUACUUUUCGAAGUCCCUCACAAAAACCCCUAUCGCCGUCUUAUUCAGAUGGUUAAUGUUUCUUCGGGUGUGUGCGCUGCAAUGGCUGCAAUAGGCGCGUGCCACCACCUGCAUGUUCUUCAUUACUCGGACCAACAUCCACUUGACAACCACUACUUGAAAAGUAAAGCGCGGUCGUUAGAGGAUGGCGAACAGUUUGCACGCUCGCCCAAUGCAAAAGUACGAGUUACUUAUCAACAUCUAUUACUUCUGAAGCAUCGAGCACUUAGUCAGCUAGAGCAAAAUUUGUCGAAUCCCGAAACCCGAGGGCAGGAUACAUCCAUUGCUACUUCACUUCUCCUGAUGGUUCUUGACAUGGUGGAAUCAGGCCGGGGGACGUGGAAACUGCAUGUCGAAGGUGCUAAGAGGUUGCUCCAGAGUCGUUUCAGCCCACUUGGGGAGAUAGACGAGGAUGGGUCACCACGAGUGCCUUGUGCAGCGUAUGAUAGCUUUAAUACGUUCCUAGCAGGAAGCUGUAUGACCUUCGACAUCAUGGGAUCCACACUUACUCCGUCUGGGAGUUGGUCUGAACCGGUAUCGUCACAACUCAUAACUUCACCGAAUCUUUUAUCUGACACGGAAAAAGAGGUUUGGCUUGGUUGUCCGGGUUCUUUGCUGCACAUAAUCCUCUACAUUUCCUCCCUGCGACAUGCGGGCAGCUCAUCACAAACCCUCGGACCGAAAGUAAAUCUCUCCACAAUUUUGUCCCAGAUUAAUGCCUUUGACCCUGAACGUUGGACGCGAGAAGUCUAUCAUUCCAUGUACGCAGGCACGGAGUAUCCCUUUCCUGACCACCAUUUCUCAAAAGAGUCAUAUUGGAGACCUCCUGAACCUGCGGAAAGCAAUAGCCCACUGUCGGACUCAGACGCACUAUUACACCUUGCUUCAGCGUAUAAAAUAACAAUCACCCUUUACGCAAUCCGGAUCCUCCUGCACCCCUCACCUGAGGAAUGCACCUUCUUUGCGGAACAGGUCACCACAGUCCUAACCCAUAUCUCACUCAUCCCUCCGAGCUCUGAGCUGUUCAAGAGCAUCCUGUGGCCGACGUUCAUAGCGGGUGCAGAAUGCCGCUGCCCAGAGCAGAGAGCAUGGUUUCGCGAUAAAUUAGACCAUAUGUGGCGCCAGUGCUGGACUGUAAAUAUACGGGAGGCCAUGCGCGUGUUGGAUGCGAUUUGGAGUCGCGAAGAUCAACACGAUGGGGACUGGGCGGAGUACUUCGAUCGGUUUGGUGCUAACUGGUUAUUUAUUUGAUUGAUGAGGAGGUAUGUUUUUCCAGCGAUGUGAUGAGGAAUUGAAAUUCUCCAUUCGAGAGAAAUGGCUGUGAAAUAUCUCAGAGUCAAAUCCAUGAGUGGGAUAAUGGGAGUUUGCGCGGAGCCUCAUUCCUUAACAAAGAGACUAGUGAAUACAUACCAUACCAUACCCUCUUUAACAACAUUGUUUCCAUCGAAGUUCACAUAUUCCUACGAAGAUUUUCAUACUCUCAAGUGAGACAUAUGUCCCAGCACAAAAAUUGGCUUGUUGAUGCCGAUUUGAUUGAUUGGAUGUGACGAUAAGCUGAAUGGGCGUAGGAAAGGAAGUGGACAAGUUGUAGGUUAUGGUAUGGUAGUUAUGGGAUGGAGGAAGGUUGGGUUGUGCAGCUUAACCAAGGUCUCUCCCCUGCAUGCGCUAGAAAUCUAUACGGAGCCUUGGCACCGGAAGAAGCUCAGUCAAUUCCGACCCUUUACUAGGUAGGCCCCAAUUCGGCCCCAAAUGAUAGGGGUGUCACCCUUGGCCGCUCAGCGGAAUCUUAGGCAUUGUGCCCCUAAACUGCCCCUAAAUAUUUUGGGGCUGGUAAAUUUGUAACAGAUAUACCAUUCCACUUAUACCCCGACACCACAUACUCUCCGUAACUACUAUGUAAGUUAGUCAACCUACUUGUUUACAAUUCUUGGGCCAAGAGUUCACCUUCGUAAUGUAAUAGAUCGAAAAUAUUGAGCCUUCAGUCUCUCAUACAGGCUGGUACUUUCAAAGACCAAUCCUCUUCAUACGUUUUCCGAAAUUUCGAGAAGGGUAAAGGUAUCUAAGGAAAAACCGAAAUGGAACCCAUCAAGACAAAGAGCGGCAAAUGUUAAAAAAAAAGGCCCAAAUGUUGAAAGGCCUCCCACACUGGGAAAAUUACCUUCUAACGGUUCCUAAAAAAGGUCUCUAUCGACAAACUCCUCCCUGUUCCAGAUGAUCUUGGUGACUUUAAUAAUAAUAAGCUUGUCUGGUAACGUUAUUAUCAAC